GAAAUUUAGACGAUAUUGUUGUGGACGAACACAUCCCCACCCUCCCGUUCUCCGGCGAACGAGACGACACUCUGCUCGGCUCGCUCGGACUCAGGCGAGAUGGAAGCCGCGUCCUUGCCGCUCGCCACCUCCCGCUUCCUCUCCCCGCCAGCGGCUGCGGCGUCCUGCUCCCGCACGAGGAGCCUCCCUUUCGUCCGCGCCGCCAAUCAGGCACUGGAAGCACGUAAAGUCCCCAAAGCCCAGCGGCCGUCCCCCCGGCGCAACGCCGUCGCUGAGGUCAAGGCCGCCCCCGACCCCGUCGCCGCCCUAACCAGGCUCGAGGAUGUGUUGCAGACACAGGACUGCAACAUAAUCUUGCGCCACUAUGGAGAAAUCAGGCGAUGGGAUGUGCUUUCUAAGGUCUUCGGGUGGAUGCAGGAGCAUGACAUGCUCAACAUUGCGUCUUACAGCAGCUAUUUCAAGUACCUGGGGUUGAGCCGUAAUGCUGCGAAAGCUCUGCAAGUGUACGGUUCCAUUCAGGACCAGUCGACCAGAGUCACUGUUUCUAUUUGUAAUUCUCUUCUCGGGUGCUUGGUGAAGAACGGGAGGUCCGACAGCACCUUCAAGCUUUAUGAUGAGAUGAUACGAGGAGGUCUAUCACCUGAUCUCUUCACCUACAGUACUCUGCUGUCAGGGUGCAUGAAGUUGAAGCACGGCUACGCUAAGGCAAUGGAGUUGAUCAAUGAGCUCAACUCACGCGGUCUUCAGAUGGAUAGUGUAAUAUAUGGUACCCUCUUGGCAAUAUGUGCAUCUCAUAACUACUGCGAGGAAGCUGAGGCAUACUUCAAGAAAUUGAAGGAUGAAGGCCAUAGUCCUAAUCUGUUUCACUACAGUUCCCUGUUGAAUGCGUAUUCAGUAAAUUCUUAUUAUGAAAAAGCUGAGCUGUUGAUGAAAGAUUUGAGGUCUUCUGGUUUAACACCAAAUAAGGUUAUACUGAUCACUUUGUUGAAGGUAUAUUCUAAAGGUGGUCUGUUUGAGAAGGCUAAGGAGUUGCUAACUGAAUUGGAAGCCUCAGGCUUUGCACAGGAUGAGAUGGCAUAUUGCAUAUUGAUUGAUGCACUUGCCAAAGGAGGAAAGAUAUGGGAAGCAACAAUGGUGUUUAAUGAAAUGAAAGGAAAAGGUGUCAAGUCUGAUGGCUAUGCAUUUAGUAUCAUGAUUUCAGCAUUGCAUCGAGGUGGUUAUCGUGAAGAAGCAAAAAAGCUUGCAAAAGAAUUUGAGGAUCAGAAUGCCACAUAUGAUCUUGUUAUGCUUAACACAUCACUUCGUGCUUACUGCAAUACAUAUGAUACGGAAAGUGUAAUGAGAAUGCUGAAGAAAAUGGAUGAGUUGAAUAUAUCACCUGAUGAUAUCACAUUUAAUACCUUAAUAAGGUACUUCUGCAAGGCAAAGGUCUAUCACCUAGCAUACAAGACGAUUGUAGAUAUGCAUACGAAAGGCCAUCAACUGAACGAGGAGCUUUGUUCUGAGAUAAUGGUGCAGCUAGGAGAAGCAGGUUUUCCUUCUGAAGCGUUUUCUGUGUAUAAUAUGAUGAGAUAUAGUAAGAGAACAGUUUGUAAAUCUCUUCAUGAGAAGGUUUUAGGCAUCUUAGUUCCAGCAGGACUUCUGAAGGAUGCCUAUAUAGUUAUUAAGGACAAUGGAGAGUCGAUAUCUCCACGCUCUUUGGAGAAAUUUGCUACACAAUUCAUGAUCUCUGGCAACAUAAAUUUGAUUAACGAUGUUAUGAAAUCCCUAAACCAUUCAGGAUGGCGUAUAAGCCAGGAAACCUUUGGUAGAGCAAUUCAGCGAUACAUCCAGAAGCCCGAUAAGAAGCAACUAUUGUUAUGCCUCUUGGACUGGAUGACUGGUCAAGGCUAUUCUGUGGACUCAUCAUCAAGGAACUUGCUUUUGAAAAAUGCACAACUCUUUGGCCAAAAACAACUGAUAGCAGAAAUCCUUUCAAAGCAGCAAGCAGCUUCAAGGAUAACAAAUAAGCUCAUUGAUUAACACAAAAUUUAAUCAAAUCGAAGUUGUCCAGAUUCAUCAUAUAAUGUUCUGGAGAUAGUUUUUUGAUGAUCGACGAUACCAAAUUCACAAGGGUCUGUCAGGUUACAAGUUAUCAUCCUCAUGUUUCCAGGCUACAAGCAAAACUUUGUUGAGUUUCAGAUUAUGCCAGGCUAUUCAAUUCAGCGAGGUCACUCACUAGAACUGCAACUGGGAUUGAGGAUGACAACCGGGCUUGCAGUGAUGUUAAUAUUGGAUCUUGGGAUGGCUAAGAGGAACGGAAGUAAGUUAAUAGUUACAUUUCUUGACAGCUUCAUCUGUGCAAGUUGCUCAAAUUUGGUGGUUGUGCGAUUGGCAUUAUGUUCUUGCUGGAAACAAGUGCCUAGUUCUGGAAAGCUGAACUGAAGAUUUUUAAUCUUUUGCGGUGUUGCUGUACAUGCUUUUCUGUAAAAGCAUAGUGAAACAUGGAAAGGGCAGAGUUUUCCGAGGCAGUAAAUGUAAGACGUGUUAGGUAGGACAGUUCUGAAGAAGACUUGUGGAGUUCGCAACUUCUUUUGUUGCAUCUGGCUUGAGAAAUCAUGGCAACUAAUUACUUAGAGGAAGUCGCAAUAUAUUUUUAUCUAUUAUAAUUAAAAACUAAACAUGUGUCGCAACAUGUGGUACCAUGCAUCAGCAAAAUUACUUGUUUUUCUUA